GCUCAGGGCGCGGCGGUGACGCCACUUCCGGCGGGCUGCGGCAGUGGGGCGGCCAUGGCGGGAGAGGUGCUGGGCAGGACGGCGGCGCUGGCGCUGGAGGAGCUGUACGUGUCCGAGCGAGAGGGCAGCGACUCCACGGGGGAUGGGACGCAGAAGAAGCCGUUCAAGACUGUUCUCAAGGCUUUGAUGACAGCAGGAAAGGAACCGUUUCCUACUAUUUAUGUGGAUUCGCAAAAAGAAAACGAGAGAUGGGCCAUUAUUUCAAAGUCACAGAUGAAAAAUGUCAAAAAGCUGUGGCACAGGGAACAGAUGAAGAACGAGGCGAAGGAGAAGAAGGAGGCGGAGGAUCUCUUGAGAAGAGAGAAGAACCUGGAGGAAGCGAAGAAAGUUGUUAUCAAGAAUGACCCCAGCCUUCCGGAGCCAAAAUGUGUAAAGAUUGGUGCUCUGGAGGCUUACAGAGGCCAGAGAGUGAAGAUUUUUGGCUGGAUCCACAGAUUACGGAGGCAAGGAAAAAAUUUGAUGUUCAUUGUUUUGAGAGAUGGCACAGGUUUUCUUCAGUGUGUCCUUUCCGAUGAACUGUGUCAGUGCUACAAUGGGCUGGUUCUCUCCACGGAGAGCAGCGUCGCAGUGUACGGGACGCUGAACCUCGUUCCCGAAGGCAAGCAGGCACCGGGAGGCCACGAGCUGAGCUGCGACUACUGGGAGCUCCUGGGCCUGGCCCCGGCCGGGGGCGCCGACAACCUGCUCAACGAGGAUUCCGAGGUGGACGUGCAGCUUAACAACAGGCACAUGAUGAUCCGGGGCGAGAACAUGUCCAAAAUCUUCAAGGUGCGCUCCAUGGCCGUACAGGCCUUCAGGGAUCAUUUCUUUGCCAACGGAUAUUAUGAAGUCACGCCGCCAACUUUAGUCCAGACGCAGGUGGAAGGAGGCUCAACCCUGUUCAAGCUGGAUUACUUUGGUGAAGAGGCGUACCUAACGCAGUCAUCGCAGCUCUACCUGGAGACCUGCAUCCCAGCCUUGGGAGACGUGUUCUGCAUCGCGCAGUCGUACCGAGCCGAGCAGUCCCGGACCCGCAGACACCUGGCCGAAUACACUCACAUUGAAGCCGAAUGUCCUUUUAUAAGUUUUGAGGAUUUAUUGGCCCGUCUGGAGAGCUUGGUUUGUGAUGUAGUAGACCGAGUCUUGAAAUCCCCAGCAUCAAGCUUACUGUACGAGCUGAACCCGGGAUUUAAGCCUCCUAAGCGGCCUUUCCGACGAAUGAACUACAGUGAAGCCAUUGAGUGGCUGAAGGAACAUGACGUGAAGAAGGACGAUGGCACUUACUAUGAGUUUGGGGAGGACAUUCCUGAAGCUCCCGAGAGGCUGAUGACAGACACCAUUAACGAGCCGAUCUUGUUGUGCCGAUUUCCUGCAGAGAUCAAGUCUUUCUACAUGCAGCGCUGCCAGGACGAUUCCCGCCUUACGGAGUCUGUUGAUGUGCUGAUGCCCAACGUUGGGGAGAUAGUCGGCGGCUCGAUGCGUAUCUGGGACAGCGAGGAGCUGCUGGAAGGCUACAAGAGAGAGGGCAUCGACCCCACGCCGUACUACUGGUACACCGACCAGAGAAAAUACGGCACGUGCCCUCACGGUGGAUACGGUUUGGGAUUGGAGCGGUUCCUGACCUGGAUUCUGAACAGACACCACAUCCGAGAUGUCUGUCUCUAUCCACGCUUCAUGCAGCGCUGCAAACCUUAGUCAUCCCGCGAGCAACCCGAGCCGCUGGGGCUUGCAAAAGAACGAUACGCUCUGCUGGUCUACAGCCCGUCUGAGAACAAACACUCAUUUAGGAUGUGAAAAGGAAAUUAAACAAAACCCCUUUUUAAAGGAAAAUGCUACUAAUUAACUGGAAGAAGCUCUAGGAAAAAAGUUAGGUGUAUUUAUGGGCUCAAGUCAACAAAAAACAAAGAUCCUGGUAAGAUGUCAUUUAAAAAGCAAAAUAUGCUUCUGCUUUUAAUUUCUGUGACUCAAAAGAAAAUUGAUUUUUUUUUUUUUUUAAUUUGCUUUAAUUUUAAUCUGUUUUCUCUUGUGGUGUCUGGUUGGAGACAUCAGGAGUUCAAGCUCUUUGAAUUCCCACGUGCUGGCCUCUGAGAAUGGCAUGACCAGACACCCUCUGAAUAGCUCAACGCAGUGUAAAAAUUGGAAUAAUUAAGUGCUGCACUUUUUUAGCUCCUGCUGUUUUUAAUGGAAGCUCCAUUUGAGUUUAUUCAAUAAGAAGGUCUGUAGCACUGAGCACAAAAUUCCGCUGCAAGAGCUGUGGGCAUUUGUUUGUUGCAGAUUAUUUAUUGGUGAGGAAUGUGAGGUGGGCUUUGCUCUCGCAGCGUUGUCUGGACAGCGGGAUGUCUGUGCUGCCUUCCCAGUUGAGGUUCUGCCAUCCUUUCAGACCAGAAAUGACUGAGCGAAGACCCAAAACCCCCGGUAAUUUUGAAAUCCUUUGGAUUUGAGCAUCAUGGGGGCUGAGCUGCUGUCCUGCGCAGACGCGCUGAGUCCAGGCAGCGCUUGCUCCGUCUCGCUGACGUGCUGCAUGGGCUCCUGCUGGCUCCGUGCUCUCUGCUGUGUCCAACUGUAACCUGGUUAUCAACUAGGAUCAAGCAAAUGUUCCAUGUGUUGGCUCAUCUGUGCUUUUUAGUCAGAAAUAAAGCAAUUCCUCUUACCAGAGAGAGAAACAGCUGGUAGGUGCAUCAUUCUCCACCUGCACCAAGACUUGACCUGGAUUUGCCACCAAUAGAAUUGUUGAGCUGUGCGGUGUCCAUAUUUUUGUAAGAAAUGACUGGUUUUCUUCAUCUUGCAUGUUACAUAUAGAAACCGGUCUAAAUCAGCAACCAAUAAAUUAUGGCAACAUAA